GUUGUGCGAUAUCCUUCCGCCGACCGGGAGCGCGCGGCCUUUCCCUCGCGACGCAACACGAGCGAGCGAUGCGAACGGGCGGCGGCAAAGCGGUCUCAGCUCACCACUACCAACACCCAGACGACCAGCGCCUGCAGCAGCAAAAGCAGCAGCAAAAGCAGGAAAGCGACUUUUAAGAGAUAUUUUCCCUAACAUUCCACGACCAAAACCGGGAACCGCCUCUUCACUGAGCUGCUCGAGUCAGUCAGUCUAAGCCAAACUCUCGUCGGGCGCGCUAUCGGCUGCCGGACGCCGGUGGACUGACGGAAUGGAGCUCAUCACAAUCCUCGAGAAAACCAUCUCUCCAGAUCGGAAUGAACUGGAGGCGGCGCAGAAGUUUCUGGAGCAGGCGGCCAUAGAGAACCUGCCGACCUUCCUGGUAGAGUUGUCCAAAGUGUUGGCCAACCCUGGCAACACUCAGGUGGCGCGUGUAGCGGCGGGCCUGCAAGUGAAGAACUCUCUGACCUCAAAAGAUCCAGAUGUCAAAGCUCAGUACCAGCAAAGAUGGCUGGCCGUGGAUGCAAAUGCUCGCUGCCAGAUUAAAAACUACGUUCUGCAGACGUUGGGCACGGAGACAUACCGUCCCAGCUCGGCGUCGCAGUGUGUAGCUGGCAUUGCCUGCGCAGAGAUUCCCGUUCACCAGUGGCCUGAGCUCAUCCCCCAGCUGGUCGCCAACGUGACGGGCCCGUCCAGCACCGAGCACAUGAAGGAGUCCACCCUGGAGGCCAUUGGCUACAUCUGCCAGGACAUUGAUCCCGAGCAGCUUCAGGAAAAUGGCAACCAGAUCCUGACAGCCAUCAUCCAGGGCAUGAGGAAGGAGGAGCCCAGCAACAACGUCAAACUGGCUGCCACCAACGCGCUCCUCAACUCGCUGGAGUUCACCAAAUCCAACUUUGACAAGGAGACUGAGAGGCACGUCAUCAUGCAGGUGGUCUGCGAGGCCACGCAGUGUCCAGACACCCGAGUGCGGGUGGCGGCCCUUCAGAACUUGGUCAAGAUCAUGUCUUUGUACUACCAGUACAUGGAGGCCUACAUGGGCCCGGCUCUGUUUGCAAUCACCAUCGAGGCCAUGAAGAGCGAGAUUGACGAGGUGGCGCUCCAGGGCAUCGAGUUCUGGUCCAACGUUUGCGACGAGGAGAUGGACCUUGCCAUUGAGGCGUCUGAGGCGUCGGAGCAGGGUCGCCCUCCAGAACACACAUCGAAGUUCUACGCCAAGGGAGCGCUGCAGUACCUGGUCCCAAUCCUGACGCAAACCCUCAUCAAGCAGGACGAGAACGACGACGACGACGACUGGAACCCGUGCAAGGCAGCGGGUGUUUGCCUCAUGCUGCUAUCCACGUGCUGUGAGGACGACGUGGUGCCGCACAUCUUGCCCUUCAUCAAAGAGCACAUCAAACACCCAGACUGGCGCUACCGCGACGCCUCCGUCAUGGCCUUUGGCUCCAUCCUGGAAGGACCUGAGCCCAACCAGCUCAAACCGCUGGUUAUCCAGGCGAUGCCGACGCUGAUCGAGCUGAUGAAGGACCCCGGCGUGGUUGUGAGGGACACCACGGCGUGGACAGUGGGUCGCAUCUGCGAGCUGCUGCCCGAGGCGGUCAUCAAUGAAGUCUACCUUGCGCCGCUGCUGCAGUGCCUGAUUGAGGGCCUGGGGGCCGAGCCACGGGUGGCCAACAACGUGUGCUGGGCCUUCUCGUCUCUGGCGGAGGCGGCGUACGAGGCCACGGAAGCAGCCGAGGACCAGGAGGAGCCCAGCACCUACUGCCUGUCACCCUCCUUUGAGCUCAUCGUCCAGAAGCUGUUGGAGACCACCGACAGACCCGACGGCCAUCAGAACAACCUGCGCUCGGCUGCCUACGAGGCGCUGAUGGAGAUUGUGAAGAACAGUGCCAAAGACUGUUACCCCGCUGUUCAGAAGACCACCCUGGUCAUCAUGGAGCGGCUGCAGCAGGUCUUGCAGAUGGAGUCGCACAUUCAGAGCACCUCUGACAGAAUCCAGUUCAACGACCUACAGUCGCUCUUGUGUGCCACGCUUCAGAACGUUUUGCGGAAGGUGCAGCAUCAAGACGCCCUUCAGAUCUCAGACGUGGUGAUGGCCUCGCUGCUCCGGAUGUUCCAGAGCACGGCUGGUUCCGGAGGUGUGCAGCAGGAGGCCCUCAUGGCCGUGUCCACCUUGGUUGAAGUUCUGGGCGCAGAAUUCCAGAAGUACAUGGAGGCCUUUAAGCCAUUCCUCACCAUUGGCCUCAAGAAUUACGCAGAGUACCAGGUGUGCCUGGCCACCGUGGGCUUGGUGAGCGACCUGUGCCGAUCACUGUCGACCAAUAUCCUGAUCUAUUGCGACGAGAUCAUGCAGCUCCUUCUGGAGAACCUUGGGAACGAGAACGUCCAUCGGUCGGUGAAGCCGCAGAUUCUGUCUGUGUUUGGCGACAUCGCCAUGGCCAUCGGGGGCGAGUUCAAGAAGUACCUGGAGAUCGUGCUGGACACGCUGCAGCAGGCCUCGCAGGCCCAAGUGGACAAGACAGACUACGACAUGGUAGACUACUUGAACAAUCUGCGCGAGGGCUGCCUGGAGGCGUACACGGGCAUCAUUCAGGGUCUGAAGGGCGACCAGGAGAACGUCCAUCCGGACGUGAUGCUGGUGCAGCCUCGCGUGGAGUUCAUCCUGUCAUUCAUCCAUCACAUUGCCGAGGACGACGACCACUCCGACGUGGUCGUGGCCAAUGCCGCCGGACUCAUCGGCGACCUGUGCACGGCGUUUGGCAAAGAUGUGAUGAAGCUGGUGGAAGCUCGGCCGCUCAUCAACGACCUGCUGACGGAAGGACGGCGUUCCAAAACCAACCGGACCAAAAUGUUAGCCACCUGGGCCACCAAGGAACUGCGCAAGCUCAAGAGCCAGGCCUGAUGAGUUCAGCGUGACGGGUUAGCGGCACGUGUGCGUUGGACGUCUGGAUGGACGUUGGGGACGAGACAGACGACGUCGUCUGCCUGGCGACGCCUCAACUUGAUUCACGUAAGAUGAUGAUGAUGACGACGACGACGACGAUGAUGACUAUGACAAUAAUGAGUGUCUGCGUAUGAGAGACGAUGACAUCACCACCUUGCGGUCUGCCGGGGCCCUCCUUUCCUCUUCUUCUUGCCCACCCACCCUGACAGCCUGUGGACAACUCUUCUCCCUUAAAUAAAAGCCCCGUCCACCUCUCGCCUCCCGGUUGCAUUGCUGUGAUGACCCUGCCGGCGGGGGAGGGGCUAAAAUCAGACUUUUAGUUGCUUUGGCGCACCAGAACGCCACAGACGGACAACAGAGCCACCCCUGCCCCCGUCAGUCGGCCCGCGGCCAACUCGGCACGAAGUAUUUUCACAUUAAAAGCACUUGAGGGGCGAGUGCCAAAGGAAGCGGCUGCGCUUGGUUUGGCUUUUGGGUCACAUUUCUGCUCGAGAAUUGAAGACGUUUGUUAAAUCUUCUAUUUUUCCAUUCUGAAAACAGAAAACAAUAAAAUCAUCUGAAACAUUCCCUAA